AUGAGUUUAAUUUGUUCCUCGUUCCUUUCAUAUAUUUGCAAUAGCAAUUUGGAGCUUGACUUAUUCGCUAAGCAGGGUUUGUUCAAGUUCCUUCUCUAUAAUUCUCACCACUUCGCUUUCUUCAUUGGCGACUUGACGAAAGGUUCCGUAUCUCCUUUCAACGACUAUACGCUGCCAUUAUCUAACACAGCAGAUGAUGAGAUUGAAUACAAGUUUUGGAAAUAUCUCCGUGACACUGUCGUUGGCAAAUCCUCCAGAGUUGGUUUAGACAAAGAAAUCAUGGCAAAACAAUUAUGGAAGUUACGUACAAAAUCGAUCGUCGCUGUCUAUGGGUGCAAUAUCAUUUGGAUAAUUAUACUUGCAUAUUUCUUUUCUGUCAUCAGUGAAAAUACGUCGAAACUGAACUCGUUUGCUAUGAUUAGUGGUUUUCUUUACGGCAUUUCUUUUGCGAUCCAACUUAUUGGUAUGACUGUUCAUCGAGCACAGGACUCAUUUGAGCGACUCGUUCGCUACGCAAAUAAGAAUUCAAUACCUGAAUGGAUUAUAUCAAAAACUAAAAAUACUUGGAGGGGACACAAAAACUUAAACUACUGA